AUACAAUUUUCGAUCCCGUCUUGCGGUGCCCUUGAUGUGACUUUCAGCGCAUCAAUUUUUUCACAUCCUCCUGCUAGGAACAACCAUUUUACAUCGAAAGCGGGCAGUGAAACAACGAGUGUUUUCUGUGGCCGCAUCCUUAGACAGGUUAAUAAAGUUUAAAACUAUUAUCAGAAAGUUCUGCAAACUAACAUUCACGAUGGCUCUCAACAAACUUAGUAUUGAAAAUGUCGACCUGAGCGGAAAGCGAGUUUUCAUGCGCGUUGACUUCAACGUUCCUAUCAAGGAGGGAAAAAUCACCAGCAACCAGCGUAUUGUGGCCGCUUUGGACAGUAUUAAGUAUGCUCUGGAAAAGGGAGCCAAAUCGGUGGUCCUAGCUUCUCAUCUGGGUCGUCCCGAUGGCAACAAAAACCUUAAAUAUACACUGGCCCCGGUGGCCGAUGAGCUGAAGAAACUGCUCGGCCGUGAUGUGACCUUCCUGAAUGAUUGCGUAGGCGCUGAGGUCGAAGCUGCUUGCAAGGACCCUGCCACGGGAUCGGUUAUUCUUCUUGAGAACGUCCGUUUCUACGUUGAGGAGGAAGGCAAGGGCGUAGAUGCAUCGGGCAACAAGGUUAAAGCUGAUAAGGAUAAGGUCAAAGUUUUCCGUGAAAGCUUGGCCAAGCUCGGUGACGUCUAUGUAGAUGAUGCCUUCGGAACGGCUCAUCGUGCUCACAGCUCGAUGAUGGGCGAAGGAUACGCUCAACGUGCAGCUGGACUGUUGUUGAACAAGGAACUGCGUUACUUCGGCCAGGCUCUCGACAACCCACCACGUCCAUUCUUGGCCAUUCUGGGUGGUGCCAAGGUUGCUGACAAGAUUCAGCUUAUCGAGAAUCUUUUGGACAAAGUCAAUGAGAUGAUCAUUGGUGGCGGAAUGGCAUUUACAUUCCUCAAAGUAUUGAACAACAUGGAAAUCGGAGGUUCGUUGUAUGAUGAGGAAGGUUCGAAAAUUGUCCAAAAGUUGGUGGACAAGGCAAAGAAGAACAAUGUCCAGCUGCACUUGCCAGUCGAUUUCGUUACCGGAGAUAAGUUUGCGGAAGAUGCUACCGUUGGUGCAGCCACUGUUGAGGGAGGAAUCCCUGCUGGUCAUAUGGGUUUGGAUGUCGGACCGAAAUCGCGCGAAGCUUUUGCUGCCCCUAUUGCUCGGGCCAAGAUCAUCGUAUGGAAUGGACCACCUGGCGUGUUUGAAUUCCCCAACUUUGCCAACGGUACCAAGGCUCUGAUGGAUGGCGUUGUUGCUGCAACCAAAGCUGGCACCGUAAGCAUAAUCGGCGGUGGCGACACAGCUUCUUGCUGUGCUAAGUGGGGAACAGAGUCUCAGGUGUCCCACGUUUCGACCGGUGGCGGCGCUUCCCUUGAACUACUGGAAGGCAAAUUGCUGCCGGGCGUUGAUGCUCUCACUAGUGCGUAAUUUAUCUAACAUAAGUGAAAUGUUAAGCGAGUGUUAAACUAAGUCACAACACGAUGGCUUAUCUAAUCAUUACCAUACAAAAGUUUCAGUGGAGGCAGGAAAGUCGUCAUGAAAUUAUCAAUAGUGCUCGUUGAAAUAAUCUUAUAGCAUGUUGCUGUCAUCGUGUAAAACAUAAUGAAAAAAUAA